AUGUCUUCAAAUCACACUGAAGACAAGGAGAAUCAAAUUCCUAUUGAAACUGAAAAAGAAAAUAGAAGAGAAUCAUUCGCUAAAGGUAUUUUAAAACGUAAAGAUGAUGGUAAUCAUACUAUUGAAGUGAUGCCAUUGGCACUCAGAGAUCAUCAACAGACAAUCUAUACUCAACAAAACCAAACCAAGAAACCAUCUAGAAGAAGAGUCUCUUUCCAUCCAGAAGUUACACUUCAUAAUUUUAAAGUCGAUACAAAAAGUUCAAAUAUUGAAGAAAAACAACCAAAAAGAAGAGAAACAAUCGCAGCAUUACCAUCAUCCUGUCAGGUUUCAGAUGAUGAUAUCUCAAUACCCUCAAGCUCACAACAAAAUGCUCCGACUAAUUAUCCAAGUAGUGAUGUUGAAAUGGAAGAUGAUAGUCAUGUCUAUUCUUCACCAAAUAGAUUACCAACUGAAGACCAACCUUUUGCAAUAUAUAAUGAUGAUGAGUCAAUGAAUGAAACCCAACCAUAUACAGAUGAUGAUAAUACUAUGGAUUUGACAAAACCUCUGGGUAAUAUUCAACAAUUAUCUUUAGUACCAUUGGAUCAAAGAUCAUCAUUCCCUGAACCAUCAUCACAACUAGAAUCACAACACCAAGACUCUUCAGAUGAACUUACAAGCUCAAGACCUUUUGGUAGUCUUAAGGAUUUAUUUCAAAAUGAUACUGUUGAUGAAGCUAAUGAGGCUGAUAUGGAUCUUACACAACCAUAUUCAGAAAAGACAAAUAAUAUUGUUGAUGAAAUCAAUGAACCUGAUAUGGAUCUUACACAACCAUUUUCCAAUAAUAGAGAGAACACUGAGGAAAUUGAUCAAUUAAACAAUGGUUCCAACUUGGCUACAAGAACUUCAAGUAGUAUAUCUACAGAUGAUGCUAUUACAAAGCAAAAUACAUAUUAUAACACUGAACUACAAAAGGAAUUUGAUGAUACAGCUAAUGAUACAACACAAGCAAUGGAAAUUGAUGAAACGCAAUUCAGUAUAGCUGAUCAAACUGAAGUAUCUAUGGAGGUUACAAGAAUAGCUUCAGAUCAUUCACCUUUACCUCAACCUUUUGAAUCUUUAAACUCACAAAAAAGUCCAGCGCUCACCACCAAAUCUAAUAAAUCCAACUCAAUGACUCCUCUGAGAACUUCAAAAUCACAUACUUCAGAAACAGGCUCCCCAAUGUCAUCUAAAAGAAAACAUCAACUUAAUGAAUCUGCUACUUUGAAUUUAAGAGAAAAAAUCAAUUCACUCACUCCAAAAAAGAGAAGAAAAAGUACAGGAGAAAGAAAAAGCAUUACUUCUAAUAGACAAUCUUUACAACCUUCAAUUUUUAGUGGUCCUCUGAUAAUUCCUCAAGAUCUUAUGAGAAGUUCUUUUACACCAUUAAGAUCUGCAAAGGAAAUUCAUAGAACAUCAUUAUUGCCAAAUAAACAUACAUUUGAAACAACUACAUUGGUACCUUUACAAGAACCUUCACAAAGUGAAGAGGAUGAUGAUUAUGAUGAUGAUGAGUAUGCACCUGUUCCAUUGAAACAAUUUUUAGAAGAUCUUGGGGUUGAAUUUUUUGAUAAUUUAAAUAUCAAUGAAGAUUUCACAGUUGUAUUAAAUCAAAUUGAAAAUAACACAGAAGUAAAAAAAAUUGAUUAUCUGAAGGCUAAAUCAAUUAAAAUACCUUGGUUAGAACUUUAUAGUUUCAGUUGUUCAGAAUUACAAAAAGAUAUGUCUAAAUUGAAAUUAUUUCUUGAUAAUUAUAAUGAUGAAUUUAUUGAAGAAAAUCCUCAGUUAGUUCGUGAAUAUUAUCAAAUUAGAGAUACUCAAGAACAAAGAAGACUUAGUGAUAGUUUACUUUUAAUGAAAACAUUGUCUGAUAAAGAAGCUGAAGUAUCAUGGUUAGAGUGGAGUUAUCAAUUAUUAAAUGAGCUUGAUAAUCGUCUAAUUGAUCAUUUGGACAUUAUAGAGAAAGAUUCUAUUAAUAUUUCAAAUAAAGUAAAAGAAUUAACAAAUUUUGAAGAAGAAUUGGAUUUAGAACUGGAAAAUUUAUCAGAACAAAUGAAUGAUCUUAUUGAACAAAAUGAAAUUUUCCAAGCUUCACAAAAUGAAGAUGUAAUGCAAACAAGAAAUAAUCUUUAUAAAAUUUUAAAAGAUUUAAAUAAUCAAGAAGAAAAUUUAGAAAAAUGUCAAAUUAAAAAUGAUGAACUUUCACAAAAAGUUUCACAAUAUAAAGAAAUUGAAGAAAUUGUUGAACAAAAAGAACAUAUUGUUAAAAUUAAUGGUAUGGAUCUGGAUACAAGAGUACAAAUUUGGACUAAACAAUUUGUUGCCUUACAAUCAAUCUCUGGAAUUAAACUGUUAAGUUUAAAUGAUACAAUUUUAAAUGUUUCAUUUGCUUCAAAUAUGAUUACAGCUUCUAUUGAUUUAACUAAGAUAAAUGAAUCUGAUUCAAGAAUUUUUGAAAUUAAUGAAAAACUACCAGAUUUAACUAAAAAAUAUAUUGAAAUUUUCAUUAAUAAGUUAUCCAAACCUGAAAUGGAUUUAAUUAAACAAUUUAAUCAAAUAUCAAAUGUUGUUAAGUCAUUAAAUUGGUUUCAUAGAGAAUUAUAUUAUCUUGGUCUUUUAUCACCAAUCAAAACUGAAAUGAAUGAUGAUUGUUUGAUCUUAAAGAUUAAAGAUAUAAAUAGAAAUGAAGGUUAUAAAACAGAAAUUUCAAUUGAAAUACCUGAAUACCAAUUAUAUACAAAUCUUCAACCAAGCAAAAUUUCAACAAAAGUUAUUUAUGGAUCUAUAUCAGAAAAAGAUUUAAUACUUAAAAAUUGGAAAUCUAAAUCACAUUCAACUAGUUGGAUAAGGAGUAUAUAA